UGACAGUUUACUAUUUUUGAGUCACUUCACUUUGAUUUUCAUUAGAUUUUUCGUAUUUUUUAUACCGAUUUUGCUCAGUGAAAUAAUAAUUAUUUAUAAAUAAUAAAGCUACUGCUGCUAAGAAAUCCCUUAAGAAAAUGGCCAAAAAUACUUCAAGCUAUGCAUUCCGUAAAAUCGAUGUCGAUCAAUACAACGAGGAUAAUUUCAAAGAAGAUGAACUCGAUGCUGCAGUGUCUAUGGGGCCGGAUGAGAACGAAAUAACUAGCCUGCUGACUCAAGGAAAACACAUAGAAGCUUUAGUGAGCGUACUUCAAAGUGCUCCACUUCGUUGCAAGCAACAACACAUCAAAGACCACGCCUUAAACGUUACACUCAGGGUUCUACUGUCCAUCAAGGCCUCCCAAAUGGACUCAGCAAUUGAGACUCUAGAUCAAAAUGAUUUACUAGAUAUACUUAUGAAGUAUAUUUAUCGUGGAUUUGAGAUACCAUCCGAAGGUUCUAGUGGCCAUCUGUUGCAGUGGCACGAAAAAGCAUUUUCCAAAGGCGGUGUUGGUUGUAUAGUUCGAGUGCUAUCAGAUACCAAUAGAGCCUAAAAAACAACAACAAAACAACCGAAACGUAGUUAAAAAGUGAGACUAGUCUUUAGCUCACAAUUAAAGACAAAAUAUAUAACUAAAUUUAUGAUUUUUACAUUGCAAUUUCAGUUUCAAUAGGGAAUAUAUUAUUUAAAGAAAAGUUAAAAAGAAAAGUAUUACAGUCCUAAGAACAAAAAGUAUGUAUAUGUUUUUGCGUAUUAUUUGAUCGAAUGAUGUAAACAAUAGUCUGAAAUUAAAUUUCAAUGAUGUUCCCGAAUCGGGUUCAUUGAUUCGCAA